AUGGCAGACGGCACCGUCUGGCGGUUCGGGUAUGGUUCGAACAUGAGCGUGGCCAACCUGAAGCAAAAGAAGAACCUCAACGUGCUGGAGCACCAUGCAGGCGUGGUGCGCGACAUCAAGCUGAGCUUCUGCCUUGAGGGCAUCCACUACGUGGACCCGGCCUUUGCCUGCGUUCUCAAGGCCCCCGGGGACGAGGUCCAUGGCGUGGCCUUCCGCAUUCCCGCCACGGAGGCAGAGGGCCUCGACCGUCAAGAGGGUGGCUACAACGUCGAGUUCGUCCCGUUCAAACCCUACGAGGGCACGAGCAGCUUUGAGGUGGGACUUUACAUGCCCAAGCCCGGGCGGUUGAACGAAAGUUACACGGGCCUCCCGUCGCUGAGGUAUCUGCGCCUUCUGCGCGAGGGGGCUGCCUCCGCAAACCUCUCAGCAGAGUCAGGCGCGGCUGGCCGCGCUGCCGCACUAUGUGACGCCUAG